AUGGUCCACAAGCGCGGACCUGGUAAUCGUGGAAAGCGGCAGACGGGUACUGAUCGGGCAGCUCAGUCCGAGCGUGCGGCACUCGGACAAUAUUCUAGGAACUAUACCAGCUCCGCUUCGCAGCACGAUUCUAAAGCCGAGCCUCAAGUCCUAAAGAAGGAGUACGCAUCCUUCGCCUCUCUGCCUGGAGAGAUUCGCAAUAUGAUCUACCGGCUCACACUGAUCGCCGACGGACCUGUCAAUAUCCGCUACACCGUGAAGAAUGAAAUCAACACGUAUCAUGUGAGUAGCCGUGUUGACGGCGCGAUUGAAAGUGUGAUUGAUGGGACCGGACCCGGCUCGACCGCAGUGUCUGGUUACCAGGCAUGUACGGCAUUGCACUUCUUCAGCGUCAUAAACAGGAAGAUCAGGAAAGAAGCGCGACCGUUCUUCUUCGCACACAACAAGUUUAAGUUCCUCGUCAAUGAUAGAUCUGGUCGACUUUUCACGCCCACCUACGGAUUUCUCAAGGAUAUGAUGUAUCUGAAGGCCUGUGUUUCUUUCCUCGAGCACAUAGGCAUGGAAGGUCGCGCAUCGCUUACAUCGUUAAAGCUCGAUGAUGCCUGCACAGCGCCCCAGUGCGAUCCUACCUACCACAAUGGGCAAGCUGUGGCGGACCUUUUCCGCCUUCUCCAUCAAUGCACUAAUCUCAUUUCCUUGGACUUGACCAACAUUCUCAUCUUGGCCCCGCCCAGCAUCAAGCGACGUCUUUUCUCUGAUGGAGCCUUUCCGGCAAUAUACCAUAUUCCGGGAGACGCCUUGCGCGUCUUCGCCAACCGCUUCAAUGCACUUCCCCGCCUGAAGGUGCUCAAAAUCUUCUACUUCCUAGACUACUUCGAUUUGAAGGCCAUCUGGCACGAACCACGAGUGAAAGCGGUUGCAACAGCACUAGCACCGGCGCUUCACGCAGAGGUCCGACUCGAGGAGGUGUGGUCAGAUAUAUUCUUCGUAUGA